UGUUCUCUUCAUUCGAUUGUAUUUGCCUUUCUGUUUCUCACAUGUUUCAUGUUUAGAAGCAGGAAAAAUGGCUUCUUCCCCGACUGGAGUGAAGAUGGUUGCUGUCAGAAAGCCUACGGUUCGAGGCCCACGACGAGUAGCCAAUCAAAUUCCAGAUGAAAUCCUCCAAGAUCUGGAACUGCAGGAAGCGAUCAAAGCUCUGCCACCAAAUUACAACUUCGAGAUCCACAAGACAGUUUGGCGAGUGAGACAAGCAAAUGCUAAAAGAGUCGCCCUGCAGCUUCCAGAGGGCCUGCAGAUGUUUGCCUGUGCCAUCGCCGACAUAAUCGAAAGGUUCACAGAGGCAGAUACCAUCGUUAUGGGUGACGUGACGUACGGGGCCUGCUGCGUGGACGACUUCUCAGCCCGAGCCUUGGGAGCUGAUUUCAUGGUCCACUAUGGCCACAGCUGUCUCAUUCCCAUAGAUUCCACUGCAGGCAUUAAGAUGCUGUAUGUGUUUGUGGAUAUCCAGAUGGACAAUGCACAUUUCUUGGACACAGUCAAGUUCAACUUCCCUCCUGGAAAAUCCUUGGCGCUUGUCAGCACCAUUCAGUUUGUGGCAGCAUUGCAGGCUGUGAGUGCAGCUUUGAAGCCAGACUAUGAUGUGCUUGUGCCCCAGUGUCGCCCUUUAUCACCAGGAGAAAUUUUAGGUUGCACAUCGCCACAUUUGGAUCGCCACGUUGAUGCAAUUAUUUAUCUUGGAGAUGGAAGAUUUCACUUGGAGUCGAUCAUGAUUGCAAACCCAGCAGUUUCUGCCUACAGAUAUGACCCUUACAGCAAGGUUUUCUCCAGGGAAUACUACGACCAUGAGGCCAUGCGGGCUUUUAGGCUGCAGGCUAUUGACAAGGCCCGACUGGCCCAGAGAUGGGGUUUGGUCUUGGGCACACUAGGGCGUCAGGGUAGUCCCAAAGUCCUGGAGCACCUGGAGUCAAAGCUUCAAUCUCUGGGAAAGUCCUACACUCGAGUCCUACUCUCUGAAAUCUUUCCCGGGAAGUUGGAUCUGAUGCCAGAGGUGGACGCGUGGGUCCAGAUCGCCUGCCCACGCCUUUCCAUCGACUGGGGAACAGCCUUCUCUAAACCACUGCUGUCACCAUACGAGGCAGCCGUAGCUCUUCAAGAGGUGGGAUGGAGGGAAGUGUACCCCAUGGACUUCUACUCCAAUCAGAGUUUGGGGCCAUGGGCGCCCAACCACCCUGACAACCAACCUGUGCGUCCUGCUCGUAAACAGAAACAAGGCACAGAGCCAGUCCCUCCCUCCAAACCUUGUGAGCAGAACCAGAGCGCCCCCUGCGGCUGUCAUGGGGAAUGACACGUCGUGACCAGUGCUGCCUUUUAUUCGUCUCAUGUCUUAAGGAAGGAGGUCAGAGCAGAGUAGGAGAGAUCAGACCAGCUACAAGCGAGCAAAACCAGAAGGAUUACGAUCCAAAUCUAGCAGAUUACACCAAACUCUGGAGCAUUUUCACAUUUUUAUUGCUUUUGAUGCCAGAUUAUAAUCCAGGUUUUGUCAGAAAACAUGCAAAUGAAAAGAAGCUGUUACUGUGUUCAACCUCUGCAGGGGUGACUGUUUUUCUGCUGUCAUUCCUGGUGACAGGUGUGUGUCCCAUUUCUAAAUGCAUACACUGCUUUUAUAAAGAGUAUGAGAUGACCUUGGCUAGUGUGUGUGAACGUGAGGGUUGCCAGUCAAACGUGUCUCUUUUGAAGUUGAUCAGAUGUAUUAUGGGAGGAUGUUUUAUGUACAGUGUAAAUAUCAAACAUGUGAGAUUGUUAACGUUUUUGUCAGACGAUAAAACAAUAAAUCUAAACUGAACAUUU